CCAAAACGAUGUUGAAGUUCCGGGCCGAUCGCCGGGUCAGCCACAAUGAAAGACGGAACACCUUUCUACACCCAGUGACUGGCCAGGUCCCAGAAGAAAACAAAAAAUUUGACUUGAAAACAUCGGCCUUGGACAUGUCCAAUAAAGCAGGUGGGAAACGCCCGGCUACCACCAACAGUGACAUAUCCAACCACAACAUGGUGUCCGAGGUCCCUCCAGAGCGGCCCAGCGUCCGGGCCACCCGGACGUCCCGCAAGGCCAUUGCCUUUGGCAAGCGCUCACACUCCAUGAAGCGGAACCUCAACACGCCUGUCACCAAGGCGGGCUGGCUCUUCAAACAGGCCAGCUCCGGGGUCAAGCAGUGGAACAAGCGCUGGUUCGUCCUGGUGGAUCGCUGCCUCUUCUACUAUAAAGAUGAGAAGGAGGAGAGCAUCCUGGGCAGCAUCCCCCUCCUGAGUUUCCGGGUGGCCGCGGUGCAGCCCUCGGACAACAUCAGCCGAAAACACACCUUUAAGGUGACUGUGUGCUGGGUGGACGAGGCCGGGGCCAGUUCCACGCACUGCCUCUCCCCACAGGCCGAGCAUGCCGGGGUCCGCACCUACUUCUUCAGCGCCGAGAGCCCCGAGGAGCAGGAGGCCUGGAUCCAGGCCAUGGGGGAGGCUGCCAGGGUCCAGAUCCCCCCAGCCCAGAAGUCUGUGCCCCAAGCUGUGCGUCUCAACCACGAGAAGCCAGACUCGGAAAACACGCCACCCAGCAAACACCACCACCAGCCGCCUCACAACAGCUUCCCCAACCCUGAGCCCGAGGCCAAGACCCGCGGGGAGGGCGAUGGCCGAGGCUGCGAGAAGGCGGAGAGGAGGCCCGAGAGGCCCGACAUCCAGAGCGAGCCUCUGGCGAAAGCCAAUGGCAUCCAAGCUGGACCGGAACCAGCCUCAGAGCCAGGCAGCCCUUACCCUGGGGGCCCGAGGGUCCCCGGGGGUGGGGAGCGGCCCCCCCAGCCCAACGGCUGGCCGUAUGGCUCCCCAAGCCGGCCAGGGAGCACGGCUUUCCCGCCUCAGGACUCAGAGAGCGGGGGACGCCGGCCGAGCUUCCCCCCACAUGCCAACCCCGACAAGAUUGCCCAGCGCAAGAGCUCCAUGAGCCAGCUCCAGCAGUGGGUGAACCUGCGUCGGGGGGUGCCUCCCCCCGAAGACCUUCGGAGUCCCUCUAGGUUCUACCCCGUGUCCCGCAGGGGCCCCGAGUACUGCGGCCCCUACUCCUCCCAGUUCCCCGACGAUUACCAGUACUACCCGCCGGGGGUGCGGCCGGACAGCAUCUGCUCCAUGCCCGCCUACGACCGCAUCAGCCCGCCCUGGGCCCUGGAGGACAAGCGCCACUCCUUCCGCAACGGGUGUGGGUGGAAGGAGCCCACCGGCUACGGGCGGCAGGACGGCACCGUCUGGAUCCCCAGCCCCUCCCGGCAGCCCGUCUAUUACGAUGAGCUGGACGCCGCCUCUGGCUCCCUGCGCCGCCUGUCCUUGCAGCCCCGGUCCCACUCGGUGCCCCGCUCGCCCAGCCAAGGCUCCUACAGCCGCCCCCGCAUCUACUCCCCCGUCCGCUCGCCCAGCGCCCGCUUUGAGCGGCUGCCACCUCGCAGCGAGGACAUCUACGUGGACCCCACCGCCUAUGUGAUGAGACGGUCCAUCAGCUCUCCCAAGUAUGAUUACCUGGGAGACAGGCGGCCAGUCCCUGCAGGACUGUACCCCUACAACUACCCACCACCCCCCACGGUUCACGAUAAGAUGGUCCCUCCGUACCCAGAAGUGUUCCGGGACGGCGUCCACACCUACAAGCUAAACGAGCAGGAUACAGAUAAGUUGCUGGGCAAAUUGUGUGAGCAGAACAAGGUGGUGAGGGAGCAGGACCGGCUGGUGCAGCAGCUCCGAGCUGAGAAGGAGAGCCUGGAAAGUGCCUUGAUGGGGACCCACCAGGAGCUGGAGAUGUUCGGGAGCCAGCCCGCCUACCCAGAGAAGCUGCUGCACAAGAAGGAGUCGCUGCAGAACCAGCUCAUCAACAUCCGGGUGGAGCUGUCCCAGGCAACCACGGCCCUGACCAACAGCACCACGGAGUACGAGAGCCUCGAGUCGGAGGUCUCUGCCCUGCACGACGACCUCUGGGAACAGCUCAACUUGGACAUCCAGAACGAGGUGCUCAACCGGCAAAUCCAGAAGGAGAUCUGGAGGAUCCAGGACGUGAUGGAGGGGCUCAGGAAGAAUAACCCAUCCCGGGGCACAGACACAGCCAAGCACAGAGGAGGCCUUGGCCCCUCGACCACCUACAGCUCCAAUAGCCCUGCCAGCCCGCUCAGCUCCGCCAGCCUCACCAGCCCCCUGAGCCCCUUUUCACUGGUGUCUGGCUCUCAGGGGUCCCCCACCAAGUCUGGGUCCAAUGAGCCCAAGGCAAGCUACGACCCAAGCAAGAGAGAGUCCCACCAGACCUCACCCCCGGACACGUCUAGGGACAUCAGCCUUAUGCCCACCCGGCAAGAGGUGGAGGCAGACAAGCAGACAGCUCUCAACAAAGUUGGCAUUGUGCCCCCUCGGACCAAGUCGCCCACUGAGGAAGAGGUGACCCCAUCAGGGGUGGUGAGGAGGAAUGCUAAUGGGCUCCCCAAUGGCCUCUCUGCCCGGCAGGAGCGCCCCAAGAGUGCGGUGUUCCCCGGCGAGGGCAAGGUGAAGAUGAGUGUGGAGGAGCAGAUCGACCGCAUGCGGCGCCACCAGAGCGGCUCCAUGAAGGAGAAGCGGAGGAGCCUGCAGCUUCCUGCCAGCCCUGCCCCCGACCCCAGCCCCCGGCCAGCCUACAAAGUGGUGCGUCGUCACCGCAGCAUCCAUGAAGUGGACAUCUCCAACCUGGAGGCUGCCCUGCGGGCGGAGGAGCCUGGCGGGCAGGCCUACGAGACGCCGCGGGAGGAGAUCGCCCGGCUUCGCAAGAUGGAGCUGGAGCCCCAGCACUACGACGUGGACAUCAACAAGGAGCUCUCCACCCCCGACAAAGUCCUCAUCCCUGAGCGGUACAUCGACCUGGAGCCAGACACGCCCCUGAGCCCCGAGGAGCUGAAGGAGAAGCAGAAGAAGGUGGAAAGGAUCAAGACGCUCAUUGCCAAGUCCAGUAUGCAGAACGUGGUGCCCAUCGGCGAGGGGGACCUUGUGGACGUGCCCCAGGACUCAGAGAGCCAGCUGCAGGAGCAGGAGAAGCGGAUUGAAAUCUCCUGCGCCCUGGCCACCGAGGCCUCCCGCCGGGGCCGCAUGCUGUCUGUGCAAUGUGCCACCCCAAGCCCUCCCACCUCCCCUGCCUCCCCGACUUCACCAGCCAACCCCCUCUCGUCUGAAUCCCCACGGGGCACCGACAGCAGCCAUGCCAUGCGGGUCUGAGCUCGGACUGCAAGCCCUGGCGGAGGCCGCCGCCUCGAAGCUCCACAGAGCCACCUUCUGAAGCCCUGCCCGCCAGGCCCCAGCCUUCCCCGGCCCGCCCCACCCUCUCCUGGGGAAACUGCGAGGAGCCAGGCUGAGGGCCAGGGCUGCUGCCAGAGGAGCGGAGCGCGGAUGCUUCAGCCCCGAAGCCCUCGAUGCUCAGACGCGGUCCCUCGGGUCCUGAGCCGGGGCCUGAGAUGGAGCGGGAAGCAUCCUGUCUGACGCCCGAGUCACAGUGCGCCCAGGGGUGGGGAUGGCCCUUCUGGAACAUUCCCCGAUGGAGAAGACGCCCUGGGGGAAGAUGCUCUGGACCAUCUUAGGUUGGGACGAGAGGUGAGGAGCAGAAGGGACACUCUGCCUCUUGCCACCCUCCUUGCCACCAAGGACAGCACCUGCCAUCAUCCCCUCCCCGUCAGCGCCCCCCCCCCCCACGGCCCCCGCUGUGCCCGGGGCUGUGAUCCCUGCUACAGGUGCUCCUUUGCGGACCCGUGGAGACUGACCCUCCUGUCCGAGCCAAAGACAAGAUGAGAGAGAUGGGGCGAGGCGCCUUGGCUCCCUGGAGAGACAGGGCGGGCUGGGAGAGAGAGC